AGGACAAAACAGGAUGCGACCUGCUAUAAAACUAGCUCCAACACUAUACAUCGUCACUUCGAGCUCAUCAGCUGACCGCACUAAGACUUCCUUCAACACACACAAUGGCGGAAAAUAUGUGUACCGUUGGUAUUGGAAAACUGAGAAAAGUCGCACUGGCUUACCUCCAAGACGUACUUCAAAAUGUGUAUAACGUUAGGGUGAAAAUUGACAGUCAAACUAAACCCUUCCAGUCUGAGAGGGAACUUCCGGUGAGAACGGUUGUAGACUUCAGCACCGUGAAAGACCAUGUGUGCGAGAGACUGAAAUACAUUUUCCCAGGUCAAGAUAAGUGUCAGAAUUCAUUUUGGGAAAUUUGCGAAAGCAUGAUUGAGACAAAAAAGGUCAAUUCUAUCAUGUCUCAAGUGGAAAAGGCUGGGGAGGACGCGACCAAAGUCAUACAAUCCUGGGGAGUAGAGAAUGAAUUGUACGUCGGCAUGAUUCCCACCCCCCGUGGCGAGUCCCUUUUUGAGGCGACUAUUGACGACGAUAAUAACAGAGUUUACUUCCACUGGGACAAAGAGGCACUUCCCAAGGACUACAUGGCUGCGGUAACUAAAAUGGCACAGGUCCUCCGUGAGAAGAGGAGACAACCGACUCCAGUCGAGUAUUUCGCCUUCCAGCUGGCUUACUACAACCUGUCCCAUGGAUCUCAGGGGCGUCACCAUAACGCACGGGGAUUGGGAACCCCGGGGUUCCGACCUACAACACAGACAUAUAUGUCCCUCACAGACCCUGGGGAGGGCCACGUGUUAGGCACCACCCGAUUCAACGAGUGGAUGGAAGGUGCCAUUGUUCACGUGGAACAUUUGGAGCGUCCUCGUAAUCUGCCACGGGAAAAUAUUGAAUCGUACCGUAUUCCUUCAAUGCUUGACUUCUCCAAAGUCAGACUACAUGUUGGCUCAAGCGCUCCAACUACAUACUUCGUCGGAAGAAGGGUGAAAGAUUCCGGAAAUUUUGACGAGGACUUUUUGAAGUUGGUAAAUAUCACGGCAGCUUCCGCCACAGCGGCGUUCUACCAGGGGGCGGCAGAGUGCAAAGUGUCUAUGGAGGGGCUGAGCACGUCACAGGCCGUCCACUACAUGCAAGCACUCAGAGGUCAGGUCCAGCGGAACCGGAAACAGUUCCUGUCUGCAGCAUGGAAUCUUAACCAGGUAAUCAAGGACGACUAUGAUCAGUGCUCAGUCUGUAGCUUGAAAGAGAGAAUGGCUAUCGCUAUUAGAGCUAUUGAGAUUACUUCCAUAGGUGGUUUUGACAAGAUCACGUGGGACGGAGCUAGCGACACCUACCCUUCGAAAUGCAUCAUGUACCAGUUGACAUUUGAGGAAGCUCUCACAAUCGUUCACGAGGCCCAUAUUAGAGGACUUGUCACCUAUUUUUCUGCUGGUUUUAAAUUUAACGAAAUCAAAUACGCCGUGUACGCCGGUGUAGACGGGAUUGGAAUCGGCGGGGCCCAGGUACUCCGAUUCAUGGACGGACAGACGGGUAUGCACGGCCCCUACACAGAGGAAAACAUUCCAAGAAUUCUAGAAAGUCGGAACGAAGCAGCCAACUCUACACGUGGAAGGGGUGUAAAACUCCUCGCCCGACUAGAUACAAUGUAUUUCGAAGGCUCGAUCACCAAAGAGCAUGACUCCCUUCGGGAACAACUGUUCAUAGCUGUCAAGUCUGUAGACGAGUCUCGCCUCGUACAACUACUGGAACAACUCAAAGAAGUUGUCAACAUGCCAAACGAGGAAAAUUCACCGAUGAUUGGCAGAGCCAGGCGUCUCGUGAACAGUACCGACCCGUUAUUGAAGAUGCAUACAGAAUCUGAAGAGGAAUGGACAGCACUGAAGAAACUCCUAACCAGCCUGAUCAUCGCCAAGGACGAGGAGUUCAUCGCGGAGGAAUAUGAAAGUGACCCAUGGCUAGUCAUGCGUAAAAGCUACAGAAAGAAACAAUGGGAAGACAACCGCUGCAUCACUCGCCAAACCUCAUUUGACGUGACGUGCAAAUCCUUUUAUUAAUAACUCGAUGUCGAACUUACAAAUACUUUUACUUUUAUAAUAUCUUAUUAUGUUUUAGGCAAUAGUUAAAUUUGAUUGAUUACCAAUUUGUUGUAUCCUUUUUAUUUGACUCUCAUUAUCGUGACGUCGUAACGUUAGCCAUAUCCUGUGUCAACACACCUUCAAUGGAUUUUGAAUGCAGGCUUGCCAUAACCUUGAAAUGUGUUUCUAUAAAAAG